AUGGACUACAUACAAGAAAACAUCCUCCCUUCCCUCCGCACCUACUCAACCAUCCUCUUCCAGAAAUCAGCCUCAACCCUCCUCUCCUCAUCCCAUCAAACCCCCGACCAAAUAGCCACCGCCAUUCAAACAGAGUACCUCGAGCCAUACAUACUGCAACCACUCUCCACCCUACUGGACCUGUUCACUUCCUCAUCUAACCUCGUCUCCGCCAUUAUCCUACUGCUCACCCUCUACAUCUCGCUACGCAUCCUAGAUUAUGCGCGCCGCGUGGUCAUGUUCUGGGUGACGCUAGUUAUGCGCAUGAUUUUCUGGACCGCGGUGCUUAGUAUUGCGGUUUAUGUGUAUAACGUGGGCCCGGAAAAGGCUAUCGCAGACGCUGGUUGGAUAUGGGGCGUUGCGCAGGGGUUCGUUGAAGAUUUUGUGGUUGCUGCAAAUACUGCUGAUGGAGAUUGGGGUACAAGGUCGACCAGGGGCUCUGGCGGGGGUUCGUACGGUCAUGCAGGAAGUUCGCCGCAACAUCGGUAUCGGGGUGCUCGCAGGGGUGUCGCGUGA